AUGGACCAUGUCAGCGCAUCCCUCGAACUCCUUCAUCUCGUUUGCGCAACUUUGAUCUUUGUCCGCGACGUCACGAAAGACACAGGCGGCGUGACUAAUACAACGAACUUUUUGAACGAGACGCUUGUGUUCUUGGACGUGUUUUCGAAUGUCUGUUUCAGCGACUCAACCGGAGUGUUACGCGAUAGUCGUGUGCAUCGUAUCUUAACAAGUGAUGUAGAGUACUCUCUUUACUCGCUCAACAAGUCUCUAGCCGCGCACCGGGAAGCGUGGAGGUACAUCGGCAAGAGUCCCACCCCCGGUGCGGGCCAAAGAAGCAUUGAGGACCUGAAGCGCGGUCGCGCCGUGUCACUAGAUGUUCAGCAUGAAAAGAAAAGUUGGAGAGACGAAAUGAAAGAACGCUCGCAACUUUGGCGAGAAAAGGCGCGACCGGGGCUAUAUAAAGCAUUGUUUGGGGAAGAGGAGAUGGCCACACUCACCUUGAAUUGCUUGCAAUGGACGCAUCGGCUUCGUCAAACUCUGGAAAUUGUCUUCCUUGGCAUCGGACCUCCGGAUCCAGGAUUCGGUAAUUCCAGGCAGGCUGCUAUCCUUGGCGUGGCAGAACAACUCGAACGCCAGCAUCGAGCAGGUGCAGAGCCUUCGGGCGACUAUACUGCGCUCGUUGGUGCGCUCAGAGGAACGAUCAGCACUGGGCAGCCAUCACACGGCCUUAUCAAGACGAUAUACGAUGACGGUGGAGAUGAAGUCGACGUUCUUGUCGAAACGCGAUCGGACGACGAGACGCCUGCCGAGUACAUGUGUCACUUGACGUGGUUGCUACAGGCUCCCCAUCAGACUGAUGUAUCCGUCAAGAGCGACGCCCAGAACGGCUACCAGCUGCACACAUUAAGCUGUCUGGGUUUCAUCGAUGAUCCACUCAACAGAAGGAGUCUGAUCGUCUACCGCGCGCCGCAAAGCCAUCCUUGGGCAUCAAACCCACCGUCUUUGUAUGAUAUGAUCUCGAAGGGCCCGACCGCGAGACCCUCAAUAGGAAGUCGCUUUCUCAUCGCAAGGGCGCUGACAAGCACACUACUCGAGUCGCAUGCGUCCGGAUGGGUUCAUGGGAACGUACAGUCGCGCAGUAUCGUAAUGCUGCCAAGAUCGUUUAACGAUCUCGAACUGUCUCCCUUCUUUGUUGGCUGGGGUGUCCUCCAACCUCUCGAGGCUACGCACUUCCCAUUGGAGCCGAACCUGUACCGCCACCACGACCGUUUUGGCCGGCCAUCUUCCGAAUAUUCCAACGAGCAUGAGAUCUACUCACUGGGCGUGGUGCUUCUAGAGCUUGGGCUAUGGCGGACGAUGGCGAAAGUCUUCGCUCGCCGCAUAGAGAAGUUCCCGAUCUUUGGCAUUGUACAGCAGCAGGAGCUCUUUAAUCGUAUACACAAUGCGACACUAGAUUGGGCCAACAGUACCGAAAUCGAGAGGGAGAUGGGGAAGGCUUAUGCACAAGUCGUGCUGAAGUGUCUCACUUGGCACUACGAGGAUCCAGUCGAAGGCAUGAUUGAGUUCCGAAAGCAAGUCGUCGACGUCCCGUCUCUUGAUACACUCAAGCCCCUUGUCCACACUCCACCCUUGCACCCACCAGCGCUCUCAAAGAAUCGGUUUCACCGGCUGUACCGCGCGACUACCGCUCUCCUCGCAAACCGCCCCGCCCUCACAUCUUCCGACAAGCGCCUAAAAGACUGCACCGACCCGACGGACUCUGCCCGCAUCACGCAACCACAAGGCCAAACUCCAAUCGUCGCAAUGUCCAACUUGAACGAAGAAUACGGUCCUGAAGACAUGGCCUGGGUCGCGGCCGAUGUCCAGAUGAGGGAAGAACAAGAUCUGAACCGUGCCCUUGAAGCAAGUCGAGCUUCCGCGGGAAGCGGGGUACCACCGCGUCCAACGAGUGCUAGGGUCACAAGACAGUCCGAGGCGGAGGACGAAGAGACUCUUGUUGCACUUGACGUUAGCCGGAUAGAAGCAGAAGAGGCGGCCCGGAGACGCAAUGCAGACGCGGUGGCGGAUCAACAACGCCUUCUCGAAGCUCAAAGGCAAUCGGAGCGUGAAGCCCAAGCUGCCGAUCAGGAACGCGAUGAUACUCUUAUUGCGCUGUCAAUCAGUCAGGGAGAGGCAGAAGAGGCGGAUCGGAGACGCAAUGCAGACGCAGAGGCGGACCAACAACGGCUUCUCGAAGCUCAGAGGCAGUCGGCGCGUGAAGCACUAGCCGCUGAUCAAGAACGUGAGAUUACCCGGAAAGCUGAGCUGCAGUCUUUGAAAGAUGAACGUGCUCGAGCUCAAGCUGCGCGAUUACGCCAAGAGGCCUUGGAUCAGGCCAUUGUCGAGAGCAAGGUGGCAGCCGAGACUGAGCAGCAGCGACACGCACAACAGUCUACACGCCUCCUGGAGACAUACGCUGUGCACGGCUUGAGUGAAGACGAGCAGCUGCAGAUGGCGAUAAGAAAGAGUCAAGAUGAAGAGCAUUCUCGCCAAGUUGCACACGUCGGGCAAGUUCGAGAGGACAUGCUUCGCUGGGUGAACGAGCAGGGGCGGACCUCUGCAUCAUUGGGCGAACCAUCAGGCGAGCUAUCGGCUUCUCAGCAUCUAGAAGAACAUCCAGUGUUGGGGGCCAUAGCGUCUUAUCCUCCAGGUCCGGUCACUGAGCAGCAACAAAGGAGCGUGGCCGAUGCUCAGGAGGUCAUUGACAACCCGAAUGUACUCUAUCGGCCUUUAACACCGAUCACAGAGGCAUCCGCAUCGCGACCAGCAAGUCUGCGACGAGCGACACAUCCCCGAGCCCUAAUCCCUGGCCUCAUCGUCGCCACACACAUGAUGGAUCACAACAGGGUGGAUGCGACACUUUCACACCCACCGGGCGGAAUUCCUACGCCACUGGCCUCCGAAAGAAGCACAUCGUCCAUCCGGUCGGUUUCCUCAGGCCGUCCACCGUCCUACCAGACAGUAGAAGAGAACCCUGCGCGGAGAGUGGAGUCGUUUGAAGUACCUCACGAUAUCCCGAACGAGUCGCAAACUAGCGAAGAGCCUCCUCAAUACCCUGGUGCUUACCCUCCGUCUCCUGCCCAGGCUGGUUCGGCGGCUCCCAGUAUAGUGGUCAAUGCAAGGCCAAUUGUGGGGUCACACUUAUUACCAGGCGCAUAUCCCCCUUCGUACGCGAGUAGUAGAGCACCUCGCAGCGCUGCGGGAACAAGUCACGAGACGCCUGUGCAAGAUAGUGUUGUAGCUCAUCAGUCAUUGGGCAACAGGGCAUCCAGCAUCACUUCUUCGGUGACCUCAUUCCAGGGCCAAAUCGCGGAAAACAGUCAUUCGCGGGGAACCAACGUGUCUAUGCGAAGUGAAUCGUUUCCCGGCGCAUAUCCGCCAUCGUCGCAAGCAAGUGGUGUACCGAGUCGACCGGAUACGGUUUCAUCUGGAGGGACGUUCUUCACAGCCCCGGAAACGCAACCACAUCCGCGCCAAGCAAGACCACAGUCUGCUCUCUCUGAUCUCUGGAAUCAUCGGGAUCGAAAUAAGCAUCAGCGCGAAGGGCCUGAACCUCGUCCUUUCACACCGGUUUCGGCGUCUUCACGCCUAAGCGAAAGUUCAUCUGCCGUUCGACCGCCUUCAUCUCGAACGUCUCAGGGUAGUAAUGUUGCGCGGAAGCCGGUUGCAAAGUAUCAGCAUGCCACCUCCGUGUCUGCUGAGCGACCAGCGCCAGCGACUGCUGCCGAUGCUAUCACUCCGUCGGACGUGAUAUCGUCGGGCCUGCAGCAGGGCACGACAAUAAUUACUUUCAACGCUCCGGUGACCAUCAAUAACUUUCCCGAAGAGCCCAAGCCCUCCCAGAAUUUAUUGAAGCAAGUCUUCACCAAGGGCAGGCAGACUAACAAGGGCAUGAAAGCUUUUGAUCAGAAAGGGGCAGGACUUUACUUGAACGGUGUAGCUGAAGCGACAAGCAACCUUUGGAAGAAUAAGAGGAAGAUAUUUCCUGCCAAGUCUUCCAAAUCAGCUGCAAAUGCUGUGAUGAACGAAGGGAGGGAAAUCGACCGUCUUCCUGUUUCCCUGGCUCAUGACGACGUGGGCACUAUCGCCAGUCCUUGGCCUGCGAGACAGCGUCUGCACGUCGUGAACGCAGAUCCAACGCGCUCGGGUUUGAGCACACCUGAAACCACAAGGCCGCUGCAAUCAGAAAUGCCCAUACAGCAGAGUGAAGAGGCCGUCACUCCUCGACCAUCUACAUUGCAGCGGUCGGUAACGCCACCUCCGCUGACAGCGACGAUACCGUCGAGGCCAAUGUCGCUGGAUCAAUCGACCGUGUCACAGAUUUCGGACGUGAACGGCAAUGCAGUAACUCCGCCUAGCGUCUGUCAAUCGAGGGUGAGAAGCUCGAUGGAUAGUUUCCGGUGCGCUUCCGAAUUGCGCCCUCAGCCGCUGGAUAUUCGCAAGCAGCCUCCUCCUGUUCCACCAAAGCCUUUGGAACUGUCGAGCCUUAUCACGCGUACAGCACGUUCUCCGCCCCAUCUUCCUGCGAGCCGCAACCCGAUGACGAGGCGUAUGCUCAGCGAACAAGAAGAAGGGCCUGGAUGGGUACAGCAACCAGUGCAUCUUCCCGUCAUAAAUCCGACCCAAGGACCAACGAUAGGCUCACCGGAUUCCAUGACGGUGAUACCCCCAACACCUCGGCGGAUCAACGUAGAUUUGAACCGGCGCAGUCAGUUUGGGCCAAUUGACACGAGCCUGGCGAACGUGCCUCCCGGUGAACGUCGUAUCGACGAGUUCAAUUCGCGAUCGAUGAUGGACUUGGGCAUGAUGGGCCAAGUAGGCAAUCCUGCCAUAAUGGAGCCACUGCGUGGACAGUACGAGCAGACCUAUGCCCGUCCACCGCACGUGCAGCAGGAAAGGCUGAACUCAGAUGCGAGGGCAAGGAAGAAGGAAAAGGACACUCAGAAGGCUUUACGAAAGCAGUUUUGA